AUGACAUACGAGAGAGCUUACCCAAAAAACCAAGUUAUUCUACUAGCCUCAGGAGAAGGCAUGUUUGGUCGGGCCACAUACUAUAAACCUCUGCGCCUUUGGGACAAUGCCACGGAAAAUCUCACAGACUUCAAGACUCAUUUCUCUUUCAUUAUUGAUUCUCAAAACAGAAGUGCUUAUGGAGAUGGGUUGACCUUCUUUCUGGCGCCUCAAGUUUCAAUGAUUCCUGUGAACGCCACGAGAGGAGGGUCUUUUGGUCUUGCAAACGAUGAUGAGCGAUUAAAUUCAACCUCCAAUCCAUUUUUUGCUGUCAUUGAGUUUGCAACAAAUAAAGAGGCUUGUAAAAAUUUCACAAACGUCUUGUGGCCAAAAGGAAAUGAUCGGUUCUGUGAAAUCGCUCAUACAUUCGCAAACAUGGUAGCGGCAUUGCAGCAAUUGGUGAUGAGAAUGUUGUUUGAAAGCUAUGGCAUUGACGAGAAGCAUUACGAGUCUCAAAGGAGAUCAACUACUUAUCUUCUUCGUUUCUUGAAUUACAGAAAAUGUCAUAAAACAGAAAAGAAUACUGCUGCUUUAAGUGGUCACACAGAUAAGACCUUGGUGUCGAUUCUUCAUUCAGAUGACGUUAAGGGUUUGGAGUUAAGAACAAAGGAUGGAGAGAGGAUGCAUUUUCAGCCCUCGCCUUCAUCUUAUUUGGUCAUCGCCGGUGAUGUAGGCAUGGCAUGGAGCAAUGACAGAAUAAUAUCUUGUUAUCAUCGUGUCAUUGUGGAUCCAAACAUAGAGAGAUAUUCACUUGUGCUGUUUGCAUUCUUAAGUGGAGUAAUACAGACUCCUAAAGAGCUAGUUGAUGAUGAACGUCCAUUAAAAUACAAGCCAUUUGAUCAUCACGGAUUACUUCAGUUCUUUCAAUCAAGCAAUGUCCCAAAUAAAACGGACAGCGAAUGCAUAAAAGCCUCCUGCGGUGUUUAA